AUGGACAGGAAAUCUGAUAAUGCAAUCUCAAAUGAGAAAAGCAACGAAGAUGGAUCUCGAUUAUCCCAAUUUGGUGGUCUGGUCACGUCUGCAUUAGAGUCUGUUGGCAUCGUGGAGAAGGAACGAGGUGAAGUUUCCUCACAUGAAUCUCGCGCCAAGCCUAAUGAAGAGGUCGUGAAAAGAUACGAAAACCCAUCAAGUAUUCAUGGAAACAAGGAUACGACCGUCGGAUUUAUAAAGGAAAAAAUCGGAACGAUUAUUGGGAACGAGGAAAUCGAAGAAUCGGGUAAAAGGCAACAAGCAAGGGGAACGCACGAAAUCGUUAAUGCAAAAUUAAAAGAAAAUAAUCAGGAUGACAUAUACGAUGACAAUUUUUGA